AUGCCCGUAGUUGGUUCCAGUGGUGCGUUCCGUGUAGGAAAUAACAGCACUAUUACGUCAUCCGAAGGAAAAUACUCCCCCACGUCGAUUGUGUCGGACUAUGAGGACUUGGAGUAUUUCAAUUAUGGAGAGGAAUUUCUUCGAGUUGAGGCAUUGUCUUCACCGCCUCCCUACCUUGAAAGACUUAAAUUGGUCGGCAAACUGGAAAAGGUACCACAUUGGUUUUGUUCACUCCACGCUCUCACAUAUUUGUAUCUGUAUGGGUCUAGACUUGAAGAAGAUUUUCUACCUCAUAUUGAAGCAUUACCCUCUUUACAUUUUCUUAACCUUGAUGAUGCCUCUGUUAGGGAAGAGUUAUGUUUUAGCAGUGGCUUUGUGAAGCUUCGGUAUUUGCGGUUUCGGAAUUUCGCAUUAUUAAAUAAGAUAACUAUAGAAAAAGGGGCGAUGCCAAAUCUCGAGUUCUUAGACAUUCGUAGUUGCAUGACGUUAAAAACAUUGCCACAGGGUAUUGAGCACCUUACUAAACUACAAGGAUAUAGAUUUGAUAAUGUUUCAAAGAAGUUUAGAGAGUCCAUAAAAGAAGGAGGUGUGGAUCAUGCAAGGAUGCUACUCGUCGACAAGAGAUGUAAGAAAUAUACAAACGAGUCCUUACCGAUUGAAGAUUUUACCCACGAAUUCUCUUUUUGCUCUAUUUGAAAAUCAAAUAAUACCCAAGUUGAUGAUGUUCAUAAAAUUGCAUCUGUCGCUUCAGCAAUGGGCAGAUGUAUGUCGAUGAUUAGCUUUGAAGAUUUGGAUCAUGGAUUCUUUUAUCUUCUAUGUUAAUUGUGUUUGUAAGAAUACCAUCAAGUAUUAGUAAGAUGAAGAAAUUGCAAACUUUGGCAUAUAUUGAAUCAGAAGGAAAGAUUAUUAGAUUUAUUGGAAA